AUGGUUGAUCGACAUUCGUUUCUAAAGCAUACGGAUAAAUGGUUAGUGCGAAAGGGUCAUGUGGUAAGAGUAGGGUUGCGUCACCCUUUCUAUUCGGCAAGAGAUCAAAAGUACAAACGAGUGAGUGAACGUUGGUCAAGUUCUAGUCUAGAAGUCAAGUCCAAACAAGACUCAAGCACCCAAUUACCAAGACCAUGGCCAGUAUCUCCUCAAACCAAGACACCCAUGACGAUACCCGCCUGA